AUGAAGGCCAGUAAGAAUGCUUCCCAUCUUUCUCGUUCUCAUUUAGAGUCAGACGAGGGCUACGACGGGAGUGAUGAACAAGAUCGAUUGAGGCGCGCAGAUCAGCUCGCGGAUGCGAACACACGUUUGGGACUCACUGAAUCAUCACAGCCAAACCAUCAGCAGCGUGGAGCUAACCGGCCUGUCCGUAAGGCUUGUCAAGGACGCCGGUUUCGUGUGCGACUUUUGGAUCGGCUUGGUGUUGAACAAAGACUCCGCGACGAGGCUGAAAGUUUCCUCAAAGAAGAACUUUUUGCACACAUACCUCACAAACAGCUGAGUGCUGUCAAUCGGGUUCAGCCAUCAAUGCUUGUUAGUUUGGCGGCAAAACUAAAGGCUAGACAAAAGCGUUAA